AUGAUCAGUUCACCGUCAACAAAACCAACUCAAUGGAUUUUUUUCAUGGCCAUGCAGGAGGUUUGGACACUAUGUCGAAUUCUGAAACGAAUCCCAACCUACAAAAAGUACGUACCAGCAGUACCGGCAAUAAAACAAAACCCCAUUAGUUAUGAUUCAAAUUCAAAGACAUGCAGCUUUGAAUCUGAUCAAACUAGUUCUGAGCAGUAUGUGAGUUUUGGAGACUCGUUCGUUCAACAAAAUGAAAGUAAGCCUGUCGUCAUAGACCAAGUUGAUCAUGGAAGGGAUCACUUUUUUAUGGGUGGUCAAUAUGAUUCAAUAACCGAAGCUCCAUUUACAGCAGCUUGCCAGAACUUUUGGAAUCCCGAUAUUGGAGAUGAUUUCUUUGCUAAUGGAAACUGGGAUGAACUAAGACCAGUGGUUCAGCUAGCCUUCGAUCCAACUCAAGUUUACGACUACUGCAGAUAG